AUGUCAAAUAAAAGACUAGAUCCAAUCUUUAGAUUAUACGAUCCAAUUCGUUAUUCAUUUAACAAGAAAAAAGAGGAUUAUAUUAUCAUCUCACCCACUGUUGGUUCUAAAUCUCAAUUGAAUGAUGGUGGUAGAAUUACGUUCGAAAUAAAUUCAUUAUCGAAUUGGUUGCUUCUUUCCGAUGCUUAUUUCAGAUGUGAUUUCAAAAUCAAAGAAGCCACUCAGAAUCAAGUUCCACAAACAAAUACAACGUUAGAAAACAAUUUCUUUCCAUCUUUAUUUAGCGAGAUGGUUUUGGAAGCUGGUUCAAAUCCGAUAGAAACAAUCAAACAUCCUGGGGAAUUCGACACAAUGUUGAAAACAGUUUUAUAUCCUAAAGAUUUCGAUUCAGUUUCAGGCUGGAUACCCGAUGUUGGUGAUGGAAGUAUUUUAAAAGAACCGGUAAGAAAUCUUGCAAAUGAUGCCGAUUUAGCUAGAGUGAGAGUUGUUGCUCGAAACACGAUAGAAAGAGUAGGACGAGCAGUUAAUCAUGGAUUCGAAAAACGAGUACUUCAGUAUAAUAAUGUUGUUGAGAAUAAUAGGUGGGGUAAUUACGUAAAUUGGAAAUUAUAUCCUUUAAUACGGUCUGUUGGAACAUAG